GACCAAACAAAUGAAGGUCGUGUAUAUCUAAUUGAUGGAAACUUUGAUUCAAUUUUCGGACGUGACUGGAUUUUCAAAUUUAAAUUACCUAAUAUUGCUGAUGUUAAUAUUGUUCCAAAUAAGAAUAUUUCUGUACAAUUCAAUGAGCUUUUAAAAUAAUAUGAAGAUCUAUUUUCACCAGGAAUUGGAAAGCUGAAAGAUACUGUGGAAUCACUUCAUUUGAAACCAGAUGCUGGCAAUACUUCAAGGCCAGAAAGGUACCUCUAGCACUCCAAGCCGCUUAUGAGAGGGAGUUAGAACGUCUAGAAUCACUUCAAGUUAUCUCCAAGAUUUCCUGUUCAGAAUGGGCAACACCAACUGUUUCGAUUGUCAAGUCAGAUGGCUCCAUUCGACUGUGUGGCGACUAUCAGCAUGUCUACAACCAACAUCACAGAUGAACCUGAGGUGGUCCAGUGCAACCAGCUUGGUGAAUUUCCAGUAUCUGCCACUGACAUAGCCAGGGAAACUAUGUCAGAUCCCGCUUCUAAGGAUCUCUACUAUUCGAUUGUACAGGGAAACCUGAAGAAUUCUGAGGAAUAUACUAUUCAGGAUGGGUGUAUUUUCCGAGGCAAUCGCAUAUACAUUCCUUCUACACUUUGCAAGUUGAUACUUCAUGAAUUACACGAUGGACAUUUGGGCACUCAGAAGAUGAAGUCUGUGGCCCGCUCGUAUGUCUACUGGGAUAACAUCGACAGAGACAUCUCCAACAUAACUCAAGCAUGUCCUGCAUGUAUUCGCUAUUCAAAAUCACCGGCUAGAGUGAUACAUAAGUGGCUUCCACCAGAUGCUCCAUGGCAACAUAUUCAUGUGGACCAUGCUGGCCCAUUUUUCAACAAAUACUUUCUCAUCUUAGUGGAUGCAUAUUCCAAGUGGAUCGAGGUCUUCAUUGUUCCAAAUCUAUCUUCUACAAGAAAUAUUCCUUUCUUCUGA